UGGAAUUCCCCUCUCUGUCUCUCUGUACCUAGGUCACCCUUCCUCCAAUUUCUCCACAGAAAGAAAUCCAUCAUCUUCUCCAUCAUCUUCUCCAUCACCAUCAGCAAGGGCAGCGAUCGCCAUCGCUGCAGUCGGUCGGUCACCUUCCAUUAGGAUCGCCUGUGGAUCAUCGCGUCUUCAAGUCGGCCCCAUCAAUUUGCCCCUCUCACCCCUUCUCCGUGGCCGGCGAGAUCGAGAGACGUCGAAAGGAGGAUGGCCUCUUCUGGAGAUUCGUGGAUUAAAGAAUAUAAUGAUGCAGUAAAACUGGCUGAGGAGAUCAGUAGCAUGAUUGCUGAACGCGGUACAAUGCCCACUUCAGGACCUGAAAGCAUGCGUCAUGCAUCUGCUGUACGGAGAAAAAUUACUAUAUUGAACACUAGACUUGACAGCUUACAGAACAUUUUGACGAAGCCCUUCAGCAGGCCCAUAACGGAGAAAGAGAUUAAUCGUCGCAAGGACUUGCUUUCGAAUCUGAGAACAAGAGUGAACCAGAUGGAUUCCACGUUGAAAAUGUCACACUCUGCUACCAGGGAUAGCUUGCUUGGACCAGAGAUAAAGCCUGCGGAUGCCAUGAGCAGGACUGCAGGAUUGGACAAUCAAGGAAUCGUGGUUCUUCAGCGACAAGUAAUGAGAGAACAAGAUGAAGGUCUUGAGAAACUGGAGGAGACAGUAGUAAGCACAAAACAUAUCGCAUUGGCAGUGAACGAGGAACUUGACUUGCAUACCAGACUAAUUGAUAACUUGGACCAACAUGUGGAUGUUACGGACUCUCGUCUUCGGCGAGUGCAGAAGAACCUGGCAAUUUUGAACAAGCGCACCAAGGGAGGCUGCACCUGCAUGUGCAUGAUUUUGUCUGUUAUCGGAAUUGUGAUUCUGGUCGUGGCUGUAUAUUUGUUGAUCAAGUUCCUGUAAAUCAAACAACUGAGAAGCGUCUAAUUUUGCCUCGGUGUGGUUUGUAUUUGGCCAUGGUGAACAUUCCUUUGUAUUUUUUUGGGUGUGUUCCACUGUUUGCUUUGUGUUUGUCCUGAAAAUUGAAGCAACUGUGUGAAGUAAUGGGCGGUUCUAAGUGAGGACUGAUUGUGAAUCCAAUCUGCUCUGUUCAGUAAAUGAGUAAAGUUCAGAGUUCUGAACGUUUUUCA